UGCUACUGUACCUUGAGUUAUGAAGAGUUCUUUUCUGACGUCAUAUGACCAUUAGAUAGACAAGGAAGUUGAUAACAUCCGUGACUGACGAGCUUGAACUUGCUAACAGACUUUGGAACUGGAUUAUUCUCAGCACUUUAUGUAUAUAAAUUAGAAGCGAUUUGGUCGUUCGCGGGUGGUCUUCUUAAAAACACAUGUAAUGGCUGUCCCGCAAGAUUCUACUUUGGUAGUUGCUAUAGACAUAGGAACAACCUAUAGUGGAUACGCCUUUUCUUUUGGUCAUCAAUAUAAAUCCAAACCACUAAAUAUAACGUCCCACAGCUGGCCAGAUGGACCGUCAUACAAAACACCCACGUGUGUUCUUCUAACCUCAGAAAAGAAGUUCCAUUCCUUUGGACGCGAAGCUGAAAACAAAUAUAUAAGUCUGGCAGAAAAUGAGGAACAUGAGGAUUGGUAUUUUGUAACAAGGUUCAAGAUGUUAUUGAUGGAAAAAGAGGAAUUGGAUGAAAAAACUUUAGUUGAAGACAUGGAUAAGAAACCUAUAUCAGCUCUGCUUGUAUUCACCGAAGCUAUCAAAUACUUGAAGAACCAUUUACUGAACGACCUUAAAAAACGUAACUUAGACGUCCCUGAUAACCAAAUAAAAUGGGUACUCACAGUUCCGGCUAUCUGGUCAGAUCCGGCAAAGCAGUUUAUGAGAACAGCUGCUGAACGGGCCAAUAUACCUCAUUCGUCGUUAACUCUUGCAUAUGAACCAGAAGCUGCAGCAUUAUACUGUAGACUGUUGCCAAUAGAUACCAUGAAAGUCGCAGGAGGAACUAAUUACUUAUCUUGUUUUGAACCUGGAAAAAAGAUAAUUAUCGUAGACUUGGGAGGUGGAACCGCAGAUAUAUCAAUUAAUGAAGUCACAAAAGAACACAAUUUGAAAACUAUUGACAGAGCCAGCGGAGGAGACUGGGGAGGAACUAAUAUAGAUAAAAAAUACUUGAAAUUUUUGGAAGAGGUUCUUGGGAAUAAUAUAAUGGAGGAAAUUAAGAGAGAUUAUAGAAGUGAUUUGCUAGAAAUUCAACAGGAUUUUGAAGAACAGAAACGUAAAGUAACGCCCGAUCGCGAUCAUGACGUCGUUAUCCGUAUGCCUGGUGGGGUAAUGGAGAUUAUUCGUAAUAAAAAGCAAAAGCUGGCCGAUAUUGUGGAAUCAUCUCAACAUUCAGGUACAGUGUCAGUGAAGGAAAACCAGAGAGAUAGGCUACAUAUCAAAGCUCGUAUUUUUAUUAGCUUCUUUAAGGAAACUACUCAGCACAUUAUAUCUCAUUUACAGCAAGUUCUAGACAGCAGACAUUUAGGACAUAUUCCACCUGCUAUGGUGAUGGUUGGAGGAUUUUCAGAAUCAGUAAUAGUCACAGAUGCUAUUCGAAAUCACGAAUCUUUUAAAAAUAUUAAGGUUAUUAUUCCAACUGAGGCAAGACUUGCUGUACUAAAAGGAGCCGUUUUAUUCGGACAUAAUCCAACUGUGGUGAUAUCAAGAAUGGCGAAAUAUUCUUAUGGCAUUCGAUCUUAUAGAACUUUCAAAAAAGGCGACCCGGACUCAAAGAGACUGAAAGAGGAGGGGAAAGAGUGGUGCAGAGAUUAUUUCAAAAAACUAUUCACAAUUAAUCAAGAAGUGACAGUUGGUGAAAGAAGUGCAGUCACAAUCAAAGAUUCUUACAAAGAUAAAAAUAGACAAGCCAAACGAACAAUGAAACAUACCCUUGAUCUGUACUUCACAACUGAGAAGGAUCCCAAUUUUAUUGAUGAAAAAGGCUGUAUGAAAUUAGGACAAGUUCAAAUUCCACCACCAGAUGGCAAAGAAUGGCCAAUGGAAUGGACAGGUGAUUUUGAACUCGAAAUUGGUGGUACAGAGAUCAUUGGCCGUUUUAAGGACAGAAAUUCGGGAAAAACAGUUAUAGCUUCAUUUAAUGCGUUUGGAGUACCAUUCCAUUACAAUACACCAAAGACUAUGUAAUGACUGCUCUGGACACAAACCUUUUUUUGUUCUAGAAUAUUGAUAUUCAAUUUUGUUUUCUGUGAAAUUGACAUCCUAUGACUGAUAAAAAUUUAUUUUCAAGAAAGUUGCAAUGUUUUAAUAAAUAAGGACAUAAAAAGUA